AUGGCAUUCAUGGAAGCCUACAAUGCUAGAGACAAUUUGAUGGCAACAAGUCUGUCUCCCGUCUACCAACGCGACGCCAACGACGAUCCUUCGUCCAAUUGGCACGAGCAUCGCCCCCCAUAUGUCCAUGACAGAACGACUCCCCACGGCACUCAGUCUUCUCCUUUUAUAAAGGAGCGCUAUGAAGACCGCUUCCCUUUCACAACUGCCGGAAACGCUCACCUCAGCGCCUGGUCACCCAACCCGAGCGCAGGGCCAGCCUGGUAUCCUUCAGAACCCUCUCCCAGCCUGCUACUCAACAGCGAAUAUGAGGGCGUCUCGGGGCCUUUUACCGCAUACGGCACUGACAACGUCAACAGCGAAUACGAAGCCCAGCUUCCCUGGCCAGAGUCGGACCCUUUUGCUUCUGAAUCCAAUGUUGAGGAAAUUAAUCCGUUUCAAGAUACCUACUACGCUUCUGGCGUGCUAAAUCAGAACCCUGACGCUCUUUACGACCCAGAAAUGGCCAUUCAGCCUUUCGCAGGGGAAGCGGGAGGCGUCAUGCAAGGCAGUUUGCCCCAGCAGUCGGUGUACGAAACAUCACCCGGCUUUGUCUCCUUCAGAAGACACAACGGACAGGGGGUCCCAGAAGAGCCGGUAAUGCCUUUGCAUGAUGCAGAAGGGCCAGUGCCAGGAUCCAUGGUUUUUGCUCAUCCCAGCCAGCCGCACUUGAACGUCUCAUCGCCACUAUCCGUCGUUUCCCCUCCGCGAUCUGCUGGCUCGUCCUCUCGCAAACGCAAUCACGCAGCAGCCGGCCUCGAAAAGAGUCCCGUCGCCCCCAAGAAGCGCGUCAUAAAGCCCCAGCUGACGGCAAAGGUCGACAACAGCGAGGAUUUCGAGAUUCAAAAGGACAGCGAGAUGGCUCCUACCAGAGUCUUCCAGGGUUACUUUCAGAACUGUGAUGUAGCGAGGAAGAAGCUUCAGAGGCUUCUGGAGUUGUAUCGAAAGCCCAAGGAGAACUGCAGCUACCCGUCCAACGACGAGACAUUUCCCGUUACCGAUGAAGACAAGAUCGGCUACAUCAAGAACCUUUUCGACGCCAUCAACGACUGGUCAAAUUUUAGAGAAUGGUCGCAAGCUCUGAAGACGGAGGAUCGAAAUCGAAUCAUUGAUCGUUUGCGACGCAGACACGCUGGGAGUGACAAUGCUGAAGUGGAUAUUUCGUUGGACGACAUGAGGCCCAGUCCGCAGGAGCUUGAGGCCAUUCUGCCGCCUCUUGAGAUGCAGCAGAAGAAGAUCUUGGGACGCUUGCUCAGCGACCAGACGGUCGAAUGGCUAUGUUGGGAGCUCAUUGAAGCUUACGAAUCGUUUGCGCAGCGCAUAGAGGCCAUGUGCUAUGCUUUGCGGCUCGUCAAGUCACUCUUGUCCGCGGGUGAUGGCUGGAAGCUCCGCAUCGCCAACAACCCCCAGGGGGAACUUGGACACAAGGGCAACAACAUGAAGGUGAACAUGAACAAGAACCGAAAGCUCCGGCAGAUCACCCAGGGCACUCGCACCACCACGCGGCAGAAGCCCGCCCCUAAGCCGGCAUCAAAGCCAACUCCUAAACAGUCGCAGAAACAGGCACAGAAGCAAGCACAGAAAUAA